UUGAGGUGAAUUAACCGCCGCCAAAGCGGAACGGUAAAGCGCCCAAGCUGUGAGCGUUUCAGACGGUACGGUUGCGUGGAGGGACAGUGUGCUCCCCAGCUGAUCCAUCCCGACAAAAGACAGAUCAUGAGCAAAGAGUCCCAAAUGAGGGCUGCAAUAAACCAGAAGCUGAUAGAAAUGGGGGAGCGGGAGCGGUUGAAAGAGUUGCUCAGGGCAAAGCUGGUGGAGUGUGGAUGGAAGGAUCAGCUGAAAGCACACUGCAAAGAUGUGAUCAGAGAAAAGGGCCUGGAGCACGUAACGGUAGAGGACCUGGUCACAGAAGUCACACCAAAAGGCAGAGCGCUGGUACCAGACAGUGUGAAGAAAGAGCUCCUGCAGAGAAUCAGAGCUUUUCUAGCUCAACACGCAACCUUGUGAAUGAGAUGAUUCAUGUCUAGAUAAUUUUUUUACUCACUGUAAAUCCACAGUUUAAAUCCAGACUGAUGUUUAUUCUCAUUGUGAGCAUUGCCGAAGUGUUAUUUUUAUUUUGUAUUGUCUGUUUUCAUAUUGAUUUUAGUUUGUUAUGCAGCGUUUUUUGGAAAAAAAAAAAUAAAGCCAUUCCUAUUUUGGUCA